AUGGCCACGCUUGUCGUCAAUGCCCCCGACUUUGCAUCUCGUGCAACAACUCCUUCCGCUGCAGUAUGGCCCCAGAUUCUCAGUGUACCUAUUGGUUUCAGCAUGGUCAGCUUUUUGGGGAUUAUUGUGUCAAGUAGUUCGACCGUGAUUUAUGGGGAGGCAGUGUGGAGCCCUAUCGACCUCUUGGGAAG